AUGAACCAAUCAACACUGACUGUGCAAGGCCUGAGGGGGGACACGGGGAAAACUGCCGACAUCAUAAAGACUGCUACUUUGGGAAGACCAUUUCAGCUUGGAAUGCUGUAUGACUGCCGUAACGAUGCUCUUAUUCCAGGUGAAACUUUAUGGGAUCUUGUCGACCUACAGAACAAUACAAGUGUACAACAACAACAUAAUACUGAAUUUAAUGUCACAACAUCAGAUUCAAUUGAGGAGAAGUCACAUUCAUUACAGCUAUCUGGCUCUCUUAAAUUAAGUCUCUUGGGAGGACUGGUGGAUGUUGCAGGAUCAGCCAAAUAUUUCCAAGACACAAAGAAAUCUCACAAACAAGCCCGUGUGACUCUUCAGUACAGAACAACCACAAAAUGUGAAACAUUAACAAUGGAUCACCUGGCUCGUGGAAAGAUGUCUCAUCCUAAAGUGUUUGAAGAUGACAUUGCCACUCAUGUUGUCACAGCCAUCUUGUACGGAGCUGGUGCUUACUUUGUGUUUGACAGAGAAGCAUCCUCAGAGGAUGAUAGGAAACAAGUGGAGGGAGAGACUAACUUCACCUUCAAUAAGCUGAAAUACGUCACAGUAGAUGGUGAGGCAUCCUUCAACAUGAAUGAUGAAGAGAAAGCAGCAGCUGAAAAAUUCAGUUGCACAUUUCAUGGAGAUUUCCAGUUAAAAACCAACCCAACUUCCUUCAGUGAUGCUGUAAGCCUUUACAAAAACCUUCCACGCAUGCUGGGGGAGAAUGGAGAACAUGCUGUUCCACUCAAGGUGUGGCUGCACCCUCUGGUGAAGUUGGAUUCAAGAGCUGCAAAACUACAAAGAGACAUCAGCAAUUCUCUCAUCACAUACUCCUCAGACACAAUAGAGUCUCUAACAAUGACAGAGAUGAGAUGCAGUGACAUACUGAAAGACACAGCAGCAGCAACAUUUCCUGCCAUGGGAAAGAAAGUUCAGACUUUGAUGCAGAGGUGCCAUCAGUACAAGCUUAACUUCAUGCAGAAGCUCGGGUCAGUGCUUCCUUCAAUCCGCAGGGGUGUGAAAGAGGAGAGUGCCCUUGAGGACAUCCUUAAGGCACACACGCAGUCUCCAUUCAACAGCAAUGAGCUGGAUCAGUGGCUCACAUGCAAGGAGAAGGAAUCAGAUACACUGAAAUCCUUCCUCAAGCAACUGAAGAAACUAGGUGUAAAAAUGGAUGACAAUUUGGAUGACCUAUUGUCUGAUUUAGAGGUCAAAACUAUUGUGUGCUUUUCAUUUACUUCGGUAGACCAGCCUGAUUGUUUCCUGGUGAAACUGUCAGAUUUUCUCAAACCACCAGGAAUGGUGGCCACUCCUGCAUCUGAUCUACAUGCCAGAAACACAGAGUGGCUCUCCAAUGAUGCUAGACUGAUGAUGAAGAGACAACUACAAUUGUUUGGAGAACUGAAGGAGCUGAACAAAAGGGAUGACACCAAAUUCAUAGCUGCAUCAAAAUAUGAAGAGAGCCAUCCUGGGGCGUGGAUUAUCAUAUAUGAAGAGGAUUGUUCUGAUGCCGUCCCCUUUGUACCUCCAUCAAAACCUGCCACCCCAACCAUUACUGGUGUUACACAUGACAACUUAACAGUUAAAGUAUCUGAACCAGACUCUGCCACUGUAGACUACAGAGUAGAAUACAGAAAGAAACAGGAACAGGAGACUGAAUGGGCAUCUCACCCAGUGCAGAAGAACCAAGAGGCAGUAACUAUGUCAGGACUGAAGCCAGAGACUGAGUAUGAGAUCAGAGCCACAGCUGUGGGCAAACUCGGCUAUGCUGUGAGCAGUGAUGUCUGCAGUGCUGUAACCCUCACAGCUGUCCUCCCAGGUAAAUAUUUGCUCCCACCAGUCUACCUGUACCAUGUAGGAUAG